GGAUUAGUGGUCUGGGAAGUUGUGAACUUGUGGGAGGGCUGAAGCCUGAAGCAUCGUCAUGAUUGAUCCCCGGACCUUGGAGAACCUCUUUCUGGUCACGUUAUAGCUCUCCCGACUCCUCCCAUGGUACCUAUGUACCUAUGUACCUAUUCGCAAUUGCCGGUAGCUUGUAUAGGUUGUCGUCUUCCCCUUCAUACGUACAUACGUACUUUAUGUAUCAUAGUAUCAUUCUGGUUAUUCCUCCCGCAGAUCAGAUCCUCCCUCCUCCUCCGCCCCUCCUGCCUCGUGACGUCCGCCCCACCAAGGCACAGGAUGGAAUACUUGGAACGGACAAAUAUCGAGUGGGACUCGCGGACAAAGAAGAUGAAGAUUCUACCGCGACCUCUCUUCCCCUUUCUUCUCGGCAAGACCCAUCAGGAAGGCAACUUGACCGCAUUGCUCCGUACCUACACCGUCCGUCCGGUGCAAGACCCAGUGUGCGCAAGGAUGGGAGCGUGGGCUGCUUCUGCCCCGCGGGCACGGUUAAAAGGAUAUCCGGACGCGGAAGCCUGAUGGAUGGUGAUGAAUAAUGGACGAGCAGAGACAGGAGAGAGGGAGAGAGAGAGAGAGAAAGAGGGGCGAAGAGGAUCCGCUCGUGGGAAGGAGUUCUUCUGGAUCUCAUGCAGCUGGCAGGAGGAAGCACGCAUCGCAGACUGACGUGAAGUUCCCAGUUCCCUCCCAGCUCCCAGCUCCCAGCUCCCAUGAAGUCGAGAUAACAUUUCAGCUAAGGCACGCCGACGCCCUGGGUCGGUGCUUCGCCCAAGACUACUCCUACUCCGACCUGGCAAGAUGCUGCCGUCGGGUCAACCGUCGACGGUGCCGACUACUCUCUCCCGCCGCGCCGGUCAGUGGAAGAGCGCCGUCGUGGGAAAAGCCGGGCUG